AUGGAAAACCAAGGAACCACCGCCCACCAAGUGGCAGUCAUGGAGCACUUUGGAGAGUAUAGCCGUCAUGCUAAGCCUUUUCAUUUUAACGACAGGCGAAUGGUGGUCACAAUCUGGGCCAGGCAAAAAGAGACUCACCGCAAUGAAGCAGUUACAAAGUAUUCUGUUAUUUCCAUGCCUGAGAUACUCGCUGCCAAAGUGACGAUCACAAAAGCAGUCUCUCAUUUACUCAAAUUAAGCCAUUCGACCCCUUAG